AUGUGGGCAGUUGCCCAGAAGGAGCUUGACAUCCUGCUUCAGACUGAAAGCCAAGAGUUCCUCCAGCCGCAAAAGGACUGCACCAAAGUGUUCAAGAUGCUAGCCACUGCCUACAUCAAAUACGUGCAAAGCUUCCGAAACCUGGAGACAGCCCAUGACCAGCUCAUUCACCAGCAGAAGCGGGCACUGAUCCAGCAGGUGCUGGAUGGCGUGAUUGGCCGGAUCCUGGAGAUAAAAAAAGAGAUGGUGAGACUGGAGAACUCCGAGUGUCAGUACAUGGAUGAUAUUCUGAUGGAUUUAAAGCUUCUCCCGGAAGACCUAGAAAUACCCAUCCCAAGGUACUUCAUUAAGGAAAACCUGGAAGUCCUGCGGCAGAGGGAGAAAGCCCUGGAUGAGAUUUUGCUGGAUGCUGGUUUACAAGAGGAGAAACACGUCAAGGCCAUGACAGUCGAAGAAGCUGUCAGAGUGAUCCAGACUGCAGAGCGGGCUCGCCAAGGUCGCUGCCGAGCAGCAUUCAUGAAGCAAAUUUACCUGAAAGACAAAAUGCAAACUAAACCUGAGGGCCAGAUGGGUCCAAGCCCAGAUGAUGCUGCCAUUUUCAUUCAAAAGGUUUGGCGUGGAUAUAUCCAGCGCAAGGAAACAGAGAAAAUGAGAGAAGAGGAAAUGAUAUUAUUGGGGAUGAGCCGACCUCCUGGCUCAGAGGCAGUAAGUAGCUUGCAGAUGCAUGCUGGGAAAGCAAACGCCCUGCAAAGUGAGGUCCAGGAGACAUGGGAGAAGGUAUCCUUCAAGGAGAAGCCGAAUGAAGCAGAGAGGCUCAGCAUCAGGAACAAACUCCAGGAUCAGAUCGGCCAGUGGUGCCUCGAGUGCCGGCAUAUCAGAGGGAAGUUUCCUGACUAUCCUAUGGAGAAAGCAGGAGGUUCAAAGGCUAUUUUAUCUGAAAAAACUCCAGAGCAGGUUGUUGAAGAACUGGCUGCCAAAAAGGAGAUGGAGAAACAGGACCAAAAGGGGAAAAAUGAAAAAGAGGAGAAAGAAAAGUUGAAAGAAAAAAAGCCACAGAAAACUGGAAAGAAGGAAGAGGAUGAAGGCUGGAAAAUGGCUCCGAGUAAUUUCCUUUCAAUACUGGAGGAAGGAAGCAAGCAAUACAAAGCUGUUUGGCAGAACAGAGAUGAGGGACUGGAUUUUCUCCAGGAUCAUGACCCAGAGCUGAUCAAAGAAGAGAUGCGGGAAGAAGUGGAAGAAGAGAUCAGAGUACAGGUUGAUGAAUUGAUGGAGCAGAAACUGGAGAAUCUCAGAUUGGCUGUGGAUGGAGAGAUAAGCGGCAAUCAGAAACAAGGUGGAAAAAGUAAAAAGGGCAGCCAUAAGACAACAGGGAAGAAAAAGAUAUCUGAGAUGGAGAAAGAUCUAACUCCUGACAGGAGCAUUGAUUCCCUGUACAAGGAACUUGCAGAAGAAGGAUUAUUAAUCAAAGCCCAGGCCGUGCAUCUCUCCAGUUAUAUUGGCAAGUACGGCUGUGUAAGGACCAUCCUUCCACGGACAGGACAGCCCGUGCCCUCUCUUGCCGACGUCAGACAGCUCACGGCCCUCUAUGGAAUAUUGCCCUUAGGUUCCCAAAUGGUCCACAAGAUGGCUCCUUUAGUGAAAUCCAUGUUAUUCACUGGACCUGCUGGUGUUGGAAAGAAAAUGUUGGUCCAUGCGAUCUGCACAGAAACAGGAGCCAACCUCUUCAACUUAUCUCCUUCCAACAUUGCUGGGAAAUUUCCAGACAAGGAUGCCCUGCAAAUGAUGUUCCACAUGGUCCUCAAGGUGGCAAAGCAAUUGCAGCCUUCAGUCGUGUGGAUUGGAGAGACAGAAAAAGCAUUUUCUAAAGCAGUGCCCAAGGCUGAGGAAGAGAUGAGCUCCAAACACCUGGGAAAGAUGCUGCCCCAUUUCCUUAAGGCUGUGAGGGCCACGGACAGAGUGCUGCUUGUGGGAACCACCACCAGGCCCUUUGAUGCCAGUCUUAAACGUCUCUGCCAAGUCUACCAAAAAAUCAUCCUGAUUCCCAGGCCUGACUACCUUUCAAGAUUUGCAUUAUGGAAGCACUUCAUUUUGCACAAUGGUGGAGCCAUCACCAACUUGCUGAACAUAAACUGCCUCGCACAGGUGUCUGAUGGCUUCACCCCAGGACACAUUGUGGAGGUGGUACAAACUGUGCUGAGCAAGCUGAGACUCCUACAGAUGUGCAGGAAGCCACUGAGGACUGUCGAGUUUGUGACUUCUCUGGCCAGACACAAACCAGUGUACAACGAGGAAGAAACAUUUCAGGCUUGGUAUGCUGGGACACCACAGGGGAAGGCUUGGAUCACAGCACUGGCAAAGAGCAGGCAAGAAGGAAAAGGAAAAGCAAAGAAAGGAAAAGGGAAAAACUAG